AAACCAUAUUCGCUUCUCUCUCUCUCUCACACGCUCUCUACUUGUUUUGUUUAACUUUUCUCUCUCUAACCCCAAACCUCAACCAGUUCACGAUCUCUCUGAUUUCAUUUUCUGAGCGAUCAAUUACAUAAGAAAGAAAAGAGAAUCAGAGGCUUCAAGCACCAUGUCGAUGUCCGAUUCCGAUUCGACGUCGUCUUAUGGCUCCGACUACAAGAAUUUCAGACAAUCCAGCCGCGAGCGAUUAUUGCAUGAAAUGCUUCGGUCAUCCAAAACAGGGGAUUCAAAAUCAACUUGGAAGGUACUUAUCAUGGACAAACUUACUGUUAAGGUAAUGUCUUACUCGUGCAAGAUGGCUGAUAUCACAGACGAAGGUGUUUCAUUGGUAGAAGACAUAUACAGGAGAAGGCAGCCAUUACCAUCCAUGGAUGCUAUAUACUUCAUCCAGCCAUCUAGAGAGAAUGUUAUAAUGCUCCUGUCAGACAUGGCGGGGAAAGCACCAUUAUACAGGAAGGCAUUUAUUUUCUUCAGUUCACCUAUAUCAAGAGAACUGGUUAAUCACAUCAAGAAGGAUACAACUAUUUUACCUCGAAUUGUUGCACUGAAAGAGAUGAAUUUGGAGUACUUUGCUAUAGACAGCCAGGGUUUUAUCACCAAUAAUGAGAGGGCUUUAGAGGAACUUUUGGGGGAUGAGGACAAUACUCGCAAAGGUGUUAUGUGUUUGAAUGUGAUGGCUACCCGAAUUGCUACAGUUUUUGCUUCACUAAGGGAAUUUCCUAUGGUACGCUACCGUGCUGCUAAGUCCUUAGAUGCAACUACAAUGACAACUUUCCGUGAUCUAAUUCCUACAAAGCUCGCUGCUGGAGUCUGGGACUGUAUUAUGAAAUAUAAAUCACUUCCUGGCUUUCCUAAGACAGAAACAUGCGAGUUGCUAAUACUUGACAGAUCUGUAGAUCAGAUUGCUCCUAUCAUACAUGAAUGGACAUAUGACGCCAUUUGCCAUGAUUUACUGAAUUUGGAGGGAAAUAAAUAUGUGCAAGAGGUUCCUGGCAAAACUGGUGGUCCACCUGAGAAAAAAGAGGUUCUUUUGGAGGAUCAUGAUCCUGUCUGGCUUGAGCUUCGACAUGCACAUAUAGCAGAUGCUAGUGAGCGGUUGCAUGAGAAGAUGACCAACUUCAUUUCAAAGAAUAAAGCUGCGCAAAUGCAACAUGGUUCAAGGGAUGGAGGUGAGCUAUCUACACGGGAUUUGCAAAAGAUGGUUCAAGCACUACCACAGUAUAGUGAACAAAUUGACAAGCUCUCCCUCCAUGUAGAGAUUGCCGGAAAAAUUAACGGAACUAUUAGGGAACUGGGGCUUCGAGAACUUGGGCAGCUGGAACAGGAUUUAGUUUUCGGAGAUGCUGGAAUGAAAGAUGUAAUCAAAUUCUUGACCACAAAAGAGGAUACAACUCGUGAAAAUAAGUUGCGCUUGCUGAUGAUCCUUGCAGCCAUUUAUCCUGACAAAUUUGAGGGUGAGAAGGGUCUCAACAUAAUGAAGUUAGCAAAAUUGCCACCUGAGGAUAUGAACGCUGUUCAUAAUUUGAGGUUGCUUGGGGGAUCCUCUGAUACCAAAAAAAGCUCAACUGGAACUUUCACUUUGAAGUUUGAUAUGCAUAAGAAAAAGCGUGGCGCUAGAAAAGACCGUACUGGUGAAGAAGAAACAUGGCAGCUAUCACGUUUUUACCCCAUGAUUGAGGAACUUAUUGAAAAACUUCACAAAGGUGAACUCUCAAAAGAUGAUUAUCCAUGUCUGAAUGACCCGAGUCAAACUUUUCAUGGGACGUCUCAGACUGCUGCAGUAAAUCAUGCUCCAGCUGCUAAUCCAGCUCAAUCAAAGCGGACACAUAAAUGGGCUCGGCCUCGGAACUCUGAUGAUGGGUAUUCAAGUGAUUCAAUUCUAAGACAUGCAUCUAGUGAUUUUAAGAAGAUGGGCCAACGGAUUUUUGUAUUCAUCAUUGGUGGAGCUACUAGAUCUGAGCUUAGAGUUUGUCACAAGCUUACAACUAAAUUGAAGAGGGAAGUUGUUCUGGGCUCAUCGAGUAUUGAUGAUCCUCCACAAUUUAUUACGAAAUUGAAGAUGCUGACAGCACACGAGCUUUCAAUAGAUGAUCUCCAGAUCUAAACAUGGGGGUGGCUUUAGGAGGCCCAGUGUUUUCUAUGCUCCAGUCCCCAAUCCAAUUUGUAACCAUAGAUAACAUCAUUUCAUUGUAUCCAUUUUUUAACAUUCAAUAUAGAACCUUUUCAUUUGGCAAUGGCAGUGGUUCUGUAUCUUUGCAUAUUUCAGAUGAGCAUCUCCCUGGCCUAGCCUCUUGCUUUUUGGCUUUGUAGUGUAAUUGACAUGGUGUUGCCAUUACAGGUGUGUAUAAUAUACUAAAUCAUAGAAAAUGACCAAGAAUUUUGUAACAGAUAAA